AGAUUUAUAUUGAGUAUAUCAGACUAAGAUGGAUUACAAGCAGAUGGUAUUAUGCGGCGUGCUGGCUGUAGCACUGAUGACAUCGGUUGCCAUGACAGCUCCUCUGGAACUCUGGGAGAUCGCUGCCUUGGAUGACCUCUUGGAUGAAGCCUACGCAGAAGCAAUAGCAGAAAUGGACACUGGAAGCAUGAGCAAAAGAUCUUCAUGGAACUAUUGCCGACAUCACGUGACUGGAAAGAUGUGCAAAUGUUCAUCACUAUUUGGUCAAUCAACACGAAGAUAUUUCGAAUGUGAAGCUCCUCCAUACCUUAACAACCCUUGGAACAGAAUAACACGCAACUGGUGAUGUCAUCACUACGUCAUAUGUUAUCAUCUUGGUGUAUUAUAUAUAUUUAUAUAUAUUUAUAAUUUUAGGCUAUGAGUAAUUUUAUCCACCUUCGUAUGAUUAUUUAUGUUUGUUCUUGUUGUUUUAUAUUUGAGACACGGGAAUAAUCUAUGUAAUUUCGAAACCAGCAAAAACCUAUAAAUAAUAACAUUUCAAAAUGAAAAAAAUAUAUAUAAUUUUGUGACAAAUUAACAUGAACAUGAUGAAGAAAAGAAAACACAAUAGGUUCCUAUUUUACUAUUUUCCAAUACUAUUCCUUCGUUUUUGUUUUCUUUUUUCUAUUUUUUCAUUAUUAUUAUUUUUUUUUUUGGGGGGGUCUAAGCCCUAACAACUGUACGCCAAUGUAUCGACUGCUAGCCAAGGAUAGUGAGACCUCACACAUUUCACUUUUCAUUCUCCUUCUUCUCUCAUUCAUCUCCUUUUACCCCUUUUACCUUCCGUCUUUCUUUCUCUCUCUUCAUUUCUCUCUCUCUCCCUAUCCAUCUCUCUUUGUAUCUUUCCACCCCCGCUCUCCCCCUUUUCUCCCAUAGUCAUUCAUUUCACUUUAUAAAUACUCUGCACAUCGUUGCAUGUCUUGUUUCUCUAUUGCCUCAUCUUUUAAUUCCCUUCUUCAUUGUCUUUGUCAUAAUAUCAGUAUUUAUUUAUUUAAAUGUACGUAUUAUUGAGAAUGUAAUAUAAAAUGGCUGUAUUCCAAACUAAGAUGUAUACCUCAGUCACAUUUGCUUUACCACUGUUUACGGUGGCUCUACGGCGAGUCGAAAACAGCCGUUUUAACAUUUGUUGUACCAGCUACAUGUAGGUGGUUGGAAUAAAAAGUGAACAAAACGGCUGUUUUAGACUAGCCGUACGCCGCCGUAGGGGGAAUGUGACUGUAGCAUUAAUUUAAGCUUUGGUCUAAAGUUUUGUUUUAAAUAUGGAUAGUCAAUUGGUCACACGCAUCUCUACCAGUAGGGAGCCUACAGGAUUGAUCUAUUAUCUCAUUUGACUCUUAAAUCAUUCAUAAUUAGUUGUCUGGAACCUGUGGGAUAAUAACUUAAAUAAAUAGUUUCUUCACUAAGACUUAAGUAGGACGAAAUAGCAGAGUAUAUUGCAGGAAUAUGCAACGUGAACAAUUCUGAGAUUUUACGGCUUACAAUAAUAAUGCAGAGUUAAACAAUGGUGUAACUUAACAUAGACUUCCGUGUACGCUCAAACAUGUAGCUUCAUAAAAAGAAACGCAAAGUCAGACUAUGUUAAUGUAGUGUACAAAAGAAGCAUGGACUAGUUGUUGUAAUUUACAGGGACCAAAUCGUAAACUGUUAGUAACUCUGAAUCUGAUAGACUAUUGAUUUAUGAGAGGGAAUGAGAUAUGUUCUCUCUUUUCAAUGUUUUUGAAGAGGCAGAAAUGAGCAAGUUGAGAAAUAUCCUUCAAAAACAAGAUUAUUCAAAGGAAGAUUGUCAAAAGUAUUUGGUGUAAAAGCUCAUGUGUGAUAUAACUUUGUACAUUUUGUUGUGUCUGAUAAUUUAUAUCUUGCUCUUGAACUUUAAUUUAUAAUGUAAAUUGUUUUGCAAUGACUGUUAGUGUUGAAAUAAAAUUUG